ACGCAGAUGAUCCCUUGUGCGCGACAGGAGCAUCAUCUGCACAAUGAUCAGCACGCGAUCAAAUACCAAAUGAGACCUAAAAUCCGAAAUACCUAAAACCGUGGAGGAAAAACAUUAGGAUAAGAGACUAUUGCAUGAAUGAUUAAUUUACCAAUGCAUUGGUAAUGCAUUGCAUAGGGAAGACAAAGAAAUGCAUGUGCAAAUAGGCGUGACAGUGUGCUUGCAUUGAUUUGCUCAAUGUAAAUGCAUCUCAUUUACAGCAAAAUCAUGCGUGUAAACAUGAGUUCUGGUAUGCAAGAACAUGAACAAAGCGCGAGACUAAAGCACUUCCUGUCGGAGCUUGCAAUACUGGGUUCUUUACAGGGCUUCCGAUAUUUCCAGCCCUGGCUAAGAGGGAGAGAGGAACUUCUGCUGACUGUGGUCAAUGAUGACUUGAGAUGGUGUUCCCCGGGGUUCCCUGUGUCUGUGGCCUCCACCUUUACCAGCUCAACCUGCAGUAGUAGUUACAGUCUGGACAGCGACUAUGCUAGCUCGCCUUUGGCAGGAGAAGGACCACUUCUACAAUACAAACUACAGACACCAGACGGCACACAGACACAAACUCCCAGCAGGAAUGUUGAUUCUCAUCUUCUCCCAGCUUCACCCAGUGAGAGAGAGAUCGCUGUUCCUGAAAUGAAUUGCACCCUGUUCCUGUUAGCCGGCUAUGUCAAGUAUGGGCAACCUUAUGUCUGGAUUCGAUCCAAUCAUGAGCGCCUAGUAAACGUCGGAGGAACUGAUACUCUAGUCAAAGAUACACCAAUGAAGCUGAAGUCCAUCACAGACUGGGUUUCAACUUCCCAAGGAGCUCAUGUAUGGGAUGUAGUGAAUGAGUUGGUGGGACUGUGCACCAUGCCGCCUCCCGACAACCCCUUCUCUUUGGACAUGCGCUACCUCCAAACCCUGUCCCUCCCAGAGCGCUUCCUGGUCACUGGGGCCCUCCUGAAUUUCCUGGAGAUGAUCGUGGUUCAGGGAAGCCGAAAGGAACCGUUCUAUGAUCUGGUUGUGGAAGAGUUGAAGCCGCUGAGACGACUUCAUUUCCAAAGCCUCUCUGAGGUCCAAAGGUUUCAAGGAAGCGACAGGACUCAAAGUCCUUUAUUCAGCGAAUGAAACGGAUACUUCAAAGAAAUCCAAGGGUUCACCAUUUUUACUAUUUGUCCUAGAGCUCUUAGAAUAAAAAAAAAAUCACAAUCUGAACCAUGAACUAACAUGUUUUGUUAUUUAUUUAUGUUUUUAUAUAAAAGAUCAUUAAUUUAUGUACAAACAGAUGUUUAAUAAUGCCAGCUUUAGCCCUGUGACUGUAAGAUUGUAAAUGUCAGCCAUGUUUUUGUGAACCACGUAUGUUUUUGAAAAGUUACUAAAUCAGACGAGACUAUUUUAAUCCCCUGCCAUUAAAAGAUUUGCACCCCUUGA